AUGAAAGGGGACAGAAACCCGAUUUAUUGAAGUCAAGCUGCAUAAUUUUUCCAGUUGGAUUUUAGCUACCGAAGGAGAUGGAAGGGCUGAAUCCACGUAGUGUCCUGGUGACAGGAUCUAAUCGGGGCAUCGGCCUGGAGCUGGUGAAGCAACUGGUGGGGAAAAGGGACCCACCAGAAUGGAUCUUUGCCACCUGCCGUGACCCAGAGGGACCAGGUGCAAAGAGCUUGAAGAAUCUGGCUGCCCAACACCAGCACCGAAUAGAAAUCAUCCAGCUUGAUACUUCCGAUCCCUCUAGCAUCAAUGCUGCUGCGGUCAAAAUUACUGGAUGUUUACACGGAGCUGGGCUGAAUCUGUUGUUCAACAAUGCUGGAAUAGUAAAGCCAUCCAGUCUGGAAUCAGAGACACCAGAAAACAUGCUAGAAGUGUACAAUACCAAUGUCGUUGGUCCUAUGGUAAUGGGCCAGGUCUUCCUACCUUUGCUGAGGAAGGCAUCCAAGGAAAGUCUUCUGAAAGGAAUGAGCUGCAGCAAAGCUGCAAUUAUUAAUGUAUCCAGUGACUGCGGCUCCAUCACCAACAUUAUGGCCUGGGAUAUUGGACAAAUCCCCAACUAUCGUUGCAGCAAGACUGCUCUAAACAUGCUCAACCGAUGCCAGUCCCUGCAAUACGCCCAAGAUGAGAUCCUGUGUGUUGCAUUGCACCCUGGAUGGUUGCAAACAGAUAUGGGAAAUGAAUGCAAAACAUUGAAAGCCCCAACUACAGUUGAGGAUGGUGUACAAAAUAUUCUUAAAACACUUGCCCGCCUCUCUGAGAAAGAAACUGGCACUUUUGUGAACUGGGAUGGAAAACCUCUUCCUUGGUAAUCCAGCAACUUUCAAUCAGCCUGCCUUUUAAGAAGAAGAUAUGAAGAGCCCUGAAGACUGUAUAAUAACAGGGUUUUGAUUUGUAACUUUCCUUAAAUCUUCAAACCUUGGCUCUGCUAACUAGCUUUGGGCCUUGACGAGGGUCUUUUAGGCUGGAGGUGUAAGAGAGAAGAUCCCAUGUCGUAUAUCUGGCUAUUAGUUUUAUAUCAUUCCUGUUACUUGUCAAUGUUUUUGUAUUUCUGCUUCUAUUGUAUUUCAAGCUGUCCAGAGUCACUUUGCAUAGGGAGAUGGGUAUACAGGUAGUCCUCAACUUACAACAGUUCAUUUAGUGACCGUUUGAAGUUACUACAGGAUUUAUGUCUGUGUUCCACACUUAACCAUUGCAACUUCCCCAUGGUCACAUGAUUAAAAUUCAGGCACUUG